AUGGCGGACACAUCUGCCAAUGGCGAUCGGCCAAUUGCCGAUGCCUCCAUGGACAUCGACAUGGACAUUGACUUAGGUCCCGAGCCUGAGCUUGAGCCCGGCGUUGAGCUGAUCCAAACUGAUUCAGCUGCACAAGCCGAGCCUAUGGAUCAGCUUGCUGAAGAGGCAGUCUACGAGAAAGUCCACGUGCGCGGCGUGGAUGAGAUGACCACCGAGAAUAUCAAGCAAUUCGCCCAUAGCCACUUCGACCAGGAAAUGCCAGCUCGCGUCGAGUGGAUCGACGAUACAUCCGCCAAUAUUAUAUAUUCCUCUCCGGAGAUCGGCCUGCAAGCGCUUGCGGCCUUGACGCAAGUCGGUGAAGAGGGGGAUGAUGGGUCGGCCCUCCCACCUCUCCGUCUUCGGUCGGCCAGGCUUCUACCCUCUCACCCAGAUUCGGUUCUCCAAGUAAGAUCAGCCGUAAAAACCGACCGCAAACAGGCACGCGCACACGAAAAGAGUCGAUUCUAUCUCAUGCACCCCGAGCACGAUCCCCGCGAACGCCUGCGAGAGGAACUUUCGGACCGAAGACGCGGGGACGACGACGGUUACCAAAGACGUCGAUUCGACGACCGAGAACUGCGCCGGCGCAAGGACCGCGAUCACGAUGACCGAUUCAGUGCCAACAUGUAUGACGACAAUCCAGCGAGCUACUCCGACUCGGAACGCGACCGUGGUGAUCGGAGACGACGCAGAUCGCGGGAACUGUUCCCGGAGGAUGAGGGUUCCGCUGGAAGACUUCGUAACCGCAGCGCCUCGCCAGGCCGAGACACACUCGAUGAUACAGGACGUGUCGAAACCAGCAAUCGCCGCAGGCGGUUCCGUGAGCGGUCUCCCCGUGGAAACAAAGGAAGAGAACUCCUCCCAUCAGAUUCAGGCGCCCGUGAACUAUUCCCCAAUAAGCCCUCAUCAAGCUAUCUCAAGAAAGAGCUGUUCCCGAGCAAAUCGAGCAACCAUCGUCGAUCCGAUGCUUUCGAUGCUGCAGAUGAGACACCGGAUCUUCUGCGCCGCAGGAUUACUGUCCCACCUAAUCGCAAUGUCGAGCUGUUCCCCGACUCAGCGAAGGAGGACCAGGGGUUUGCAAUGAGAGGUGGACAACAGGGCAUGUCGAUCAAGGGCCGGGGUGCAUCGGUUCGCGAAUUGUUCCCAGACAAGUAUAACAAUAACAGCAAUGCUGGAAAGGAGCUGUUCACCGAACCCCUGGAGGGUCGUGGAGGCCGUCGGCGGAAAGCAGAAGAUAUGUUUGGUUGA